AUGUAGAUAGCCCCCAGUGGAUUUCUCUUCGCAAAAGGAACCGAUUCCAUCAUUUGUACUGGGUUUGUACCCGUUUGUAUUGAGUUUGAAAUGUCUCAUUAGUUUCUCAUAAAAAUGACUUACUGUUACACAACCCCAAACACCAUCACGACUCAUCUGUGUGUAGUGUGGGGCCAUACCGCUGCAUCCAAUGAAGCAACUCCCAUCGGAUUGUCAUUGCACUUGGCCUGUCAUAAACAAACUCUUAAAGCCAGUGAAGGCUUCCCCAUCUUUGUGAAUAAUUUGUUCGAUUAAUUGAAAGCAAGUGUAGUGGUGAGAUGCACAAACCACACGAAAUCAGGCUUCAUGGAUCGUAACCUAACCUCAACAAUGCUGAGAAUCUGAGGAAUUGCGUUGAUCCGAGUACGAAUAAUUGAUAAAGAAGCCGGAGAUGAGGACUAAGGAAAAUAUUCGGGAAAUUAAUAAUUCAACUAGAGUGUCAGGGGAAUUGAAUCCAUUGUCGCGUUUGAAGACUGAAUAUCAAUCUGCUCUAUCAUUUUUCUUAUUACCUCGUCCGCAUCAAAAUGUCGACGACCCUAGUCCAGUCGUUCGUCCAGCGGCUGAAGGUCCGCCACGAGGAUGCCCGCAACAAAGCAGCCCGUGAUCUCUGUCACUACAUAAAAACCGAGCUUCGGGAGACAUCCCAAGAGGAGAUUACAUCCUUCAUGGACGAGUUCAAUCACCACAUCUUCGAGAUGGUCUCUGGCUCUGACAUGAAUGAGAAGAAGGGAGGGAUCCUCGCGAUAGUCUGCCUGAUAGGUGCAGAUGUGGGCAACAUAAACACUCGAACAAUUCGCUUUGCCAAUUACCUCAGAAAUUUGUUGCCUUCCUCGGACGUGGGGGUGAUGGAGCUAGCUGCUAAAACAGUUGGCAAACUAGCCCUGGUAUCAGGCACUUACACAGCCGAGUACGUGGAAUUCGAAGUAAAGAGGGCAUUCGAAUGGCUAGGAGGCGAUAGAAACGAAGGCAAACGCCAUGCAGCUGUCCUGGUUCUCCGAGAGCUGGCGGUAUCGAUGCCGACCUACUUUUUCCAACAAGUGACACCCUUCUUCGAUCUCAUCUUCAACGCAGUGAGAGACCCAAAGGCAGUCAUCAGGGAGGGGGCAGGCGAGGCCUUGCGAGCUGCCCUCGUGGUGACAGCUCAGCGAGAAACAGCCAAACAAAUGCACAAGUCCCAGUGGUAUAAGCAAUGCUACGACGAGAUAAUCGCUGGCUUCGAGGACAUCUCCAGCAAGGAGCGAGGCUUCAAUAGAGACGACAGGAUUCAUGGGUCACUCCUUGUGCUAAACGAGCUUCUCCGCUGCAGCAACGUUCAGUGGGAGAAGAAGUACGAGGACCUCAUGGAGAGACUGAAUUUAUCCAAUCCUCAGAAUGAUAACGACAUCCUUGUUCUCAUGCCUAGACUGAAGACAAUCAUCGUCUCCAAGUGGUCAGGCUGUGCUAAUACAUCAGCCACUGACGGAGCCUACAACGACAUCAUCGACAGCACUGCGAGCAAUCGGGGGAAUACAGCCAAUGCGAGUAAAUCUACUGCUCAGUACUCCCAGCAGUGCUUGUAUCUAGUCCACGAGUCGGCUGUAUGCAGGCAACUCAUGCAGGAGAGGCUAGAUGAUGUUUACAUGGAUGUCUUGAACCAGAGGCUGUCGAAAAGUCCUCACAUUCAGCACGCCCUGAUGACCCUGCUGCCUAGACUUGUCGCAUUUAACACUGACAAAUUCACAAAGGAACAUCUCCGGGAUACUUUGAAUUAUUUGCUGGUCGUGCUGAGAGGCAGGGAGAAAGACCGCUACGCUGCCUUCAUGACCAUUGGGCUCAUCUCGGUGGCUGUCGGGGACUCUAUCAAACCGUAUCUCCCUAAGAUCAUGGAUGUCAUCAAGAGCAGUUUGCCGUCUAAGGAGACGCCUAAUAAGAAGAAGGGGGCACCGCUGGAGCCGGCGGUUUUCAUUUGCAUCACCCUUCUGGCGCAUGCUGUGAAACAGGCCAUCAGUACUGAUGCCAAGGAUUUGCUGGAGUCUAUGCUGGCAACGGGGUUGAGUCCCAUUUUAACGACUUCUCUCAGGGAAUUGGCGCAUAAUGUACCCUCGCUCAAAACAGAUAUCUCGCAAGGACUCUUGAGGAUGCUUUCACAGGUCUUAAUGCACAAACCACUUCGUCAUCCGGGUGCUCCCUGGACGGCGACGAGUCCAAGUGGCAUUCAUGGUGCGCCUCCAACAGAGCCCACGGACGUUCCCUCAACAGUACUCGCCCUCCGAACCCUGGGAACCUUCAAUUUCGAUGGAAAUCCUCUCCUUCAGUUUGUCCGGCGUUGCGCAGACCACUUUCUCACAUCAGAACAGCCCGACGUUCGUCUUGAGGCUGUUAGGACCUGUUCAAGACUCCUCAGACUGGCCCUUAGCCAACCGGGACCCACAGUAACCAACACAGUCUCCGCAGUUCUGGGCAAACUUCUCGUCGUGGGCAUUACUGACACCGACCCAGAUGUCCGGAUUUCUGUACUGGCGUCCCUGGAUCAGUCCUUCGACAUUCACCUGGCCCAAGCCGAGAGCCUCUCAGCUCUCUUCGUUGCGAUGAACGAUGAAAUGUUUGAAAUUAGGGAACUUGCCAUCAGGACAAUUGGCAGAUUGAGCACGAUGAACCCGGCGUACGUGAUGCCGUCUCUCAGGAAGACUCUUAUACAAUUUUUAACGGAACUGGAGCACUCGGGAAUGGGGAGGAACAAGGAACAGGCAGCCAGGAUGCUCGAUCACCUAGUGGUCAGUGCUCCAAGGCUGAUUCGUCCCUAUAUGAAGCCCAUUCUGAAAGUUCUGGUCCCCAAACUGAAGGAGCCAGAGCCCAACCCAGGAGUCGUCCUGGCAAUUCUUCGAGCUGUUGGAGACUUGGCUGAGGUAAAUGGCUCAGAGAUGCAGCAGUGGAUGCCAGAGCUGCUGUCAAUCCUCCUGGAGAUGCUGGUGGAUGCUAGUUCCCCUGAGAAAAGAGGGGUAGCCCUCUGGGUUCUUGGGCAGCUGGUGGGAAGCACUGGACACGUGGUGAAGCCCUACAUGCAGUAUCCGUCGCUGCUGGAAGUGUUAAUCAAUUUCCUGAAGACCGAGCAGCAGCCCAUCAUCAGAAGGGAGACUAUUCGAGUUCUAGGCUUACUGGGGGCUCUGGAUCCUUACAAACAUAAAAUGAACCUUGGCCAAAUUGAUUCGCAAGUGGACAAUCAACUGACGUCUGUCACUGAUACCAAGAGUGAUAUUGAAAAUAAUCAAGAUCUAACUACUAGUGAAAUGCUUGUCAACAUGUCGUCUUCCAGUUUGGAGGAGUACUAUCCAGCGAUUGCCAUUGCCACGUUAAUGAGGAUCAUCAGGGAUCCUACUCUAUCUCAACAUCAUACGAUGGUCGUUCAGGCUGUAACGUUUAUCUUCAAAAGUUUGGGAAUCAAAUGUGUUCCUUACAUCUCCCAGGUGAUGCCUAGUUUUCUGAAUGUCGUGAGAACUGCUGACGUAAAUUUCAGGGAGUACCUGUUCCAACAGUUGGCGAUUCUCAUUGCCAUCGUCAAACAGCACAUCAGGAAUUACCUCGACGAUACCUUCAACCUGAUCAAGGAAUUCUGGACUAUUAAUAGUCCCCUUCAGAGUACCUUGAUCCGUCUGGUGGAGCACAUUGCAGUGGCUCUGGGUGCUGAAUUCAAGAUUUAUCUCCCCCAGUUGAUGCCUCAGAUUCUGAGAGUAUUAACUCACGAUACGAGUAAAGAUCGAAGUGUCACGGUGAAACUUCUCCUUGCUCUCCAGAAAUUCGGCAAUAAUCUGGAUAACUACCUUCACCUGGUGCUCCCACCCAUUGUCAAACUCUUUCAUGCAUCUGACUGUCCAAUAGCUGUCAAUAGAGUCGCUUUGGAGACAGUGGAUCACCUAGCAGAUACUCUGGACUUCACGGAUUUCGCUUCUCGAAUUGUUCAUCCCCUUGUUAGGACUCUUGAUCAGUGCCCUGAGCUCAGGGUCACUGCGGUCGAGACCCUCUGUGCCCUGGUAAUCCAAUUGGGAAAGAAAUAUCAGAUAUUCAUAACACUUGUCCAGAAAGUCAUGACAAAGCACAAAAUCGUCAAUACUCAGUAUGACAUCCUUGUUGAUAAGAUUUUAACCGAGACAUCGAUGGCCGAGGGCGAUGAUUAUCUUCUGAUGAGACAUAGGAAUUCGAGGAACAAGAACAGAGACUUAUCGUUGACCUCUUCAGACACGACGAUGAUCAAACGUCUACACGUCUCAGCUUCUAACCUCCAAAAGGCGUGGACAGCGACACGCAGGGUCUCCAAAGACGAUUGGUUGGAGUGGUUGAGGUCGUUGUCAAUAGGCCUCCUGAAGGAGUCUCCCUCACCAGCGUUGAGGUCCUGUUGGGCCCUGGCGCAGACUUAUUCGCAAUUACCAAGGGACCUGUUCAACGCAGCUUUCGUGUCUUGUUGGACAGAGUUGACUGACACGUAUCGUGGGGAACUCAUUCAGACUCUUCAGCAAGCUCUGAUGGUACCGGACAUUCCGGAGAUUACUCAAACUAUAUUAAACCUCGCAGAGUUCAUGGAGCACUGCGAUAAAGGCCCACUCCCCCUUGAUAACAAAAUUCUCGGUGAACGAGCGAUGCACUGUCGUGCCUACGCCAAAGCCCUCCACUACAAGGAAGAUGAGUUCCACAAGAGCAGGAACAGCAGUGUCUUUGAGUCCCUCAUCUCUAUUAACAACAAGCUCCAGCAGAAGGAGGCGGCUGAGGGUCUCCUGGAGUACGUGAUGAAUCAGGACAACCAGCAGGACUUGAAGGUCCAGGUGCGCUGGUACGAGAAGCUCCACAACUGGGACAAAGCUCUGCACCUCUAUAAGGAACGUCUGGAGAUUGAUUCGACGGAUGUGGAGUCGACAUUGGGAGAGAUGCGAUGUCUGGAAGCUCUGGGUGAAUGGGGACAGCUGCACGAGGUGGCGACACGCCAGUGGUCUCACCAGAUAGACGAGACGAAGCAGAGAAUGGCGAGAAUGGCUGCAGCUGCUGCCUGGGGACUGGGACAGUGGGAGAGCAUGGAAAAAUACGUGGGACUGGUGCCAAAGGACUCUCAAGACGGUGCUUUCUAUCGAGCAGUUCUGGCGAUUCACAAUGACCAGUACAACGUGGCACAUGAGCUUAUAGAUAGUGCUCGAGACCUCUUGGAUACGGAAUUAACGGCGAUGGCUGGGGAGAGCUAUCAGAGGGCUUAUAAUGCAAUGGUGGAGGUCCAGAAGCUCGCUGAACUCGAGGAAGUGAUCCAGUGGAAACUGGUACCAGAAAGACGCCAGACGAUCAAAUACAUGUGGUGGCAGAGGCUCCAGGGGGGCCAGAGGAUAGUCGAGGACUGGCAGAAGAUUAUUCAAGUGCAUACACUCGUCGUAUCCCCUCAGGACGACAUGUACACAUGGCUGAAGUAUGCCAGCCUCUGCAGAAAGAGUGGUAGUCUACAAUUGUGUCAUAAAACUCUAGUCAUGCUGCUGGGGAUGGAUCCAUCGAAAACUCCUGAUGAUCCACUCCCUACUCAGCACCCUCAGGUGACCUUCGCCUACUGCAAACACAUGUGGAUGGCGAAUAAAAGGGAAGAGGCUUACAAUCAGCUGAAAAUCUUUGUCCAGAACUCCCUCCAACCAACAGCAGUGACUGUCACUAGUCUUGUCAGCCAGUCGGACGAGGGAAUUCAUCAGCAGAGUCAGGAACAGGCAGAGGCACACAGACGACUUCUGGCGAGGUGUUAUCUAAAACUUGGGGAGUGGAUGGAGUCAUUGAAAGGAAUCAAUGAGACCUCAAUUCCUGCAGUCUUGUCCUACUACAGAGCUGCCACUGAACACGAUCCCAGCUGGUACAAGGCCUGGCAUGCAUUUGCUUACACGAAUUUUGAGACUGUGUUGUUUUACAAACAUCAGCAGACUGAGAGUGGUGUGCAGGAGACUCGGGAGAGCAAUGAGAGUGCUAAUAAUUCUCGUGUUUCUCUCUCAAACGCCCAGUACAUCUCUCGCUUCACAGUACCAGCGGUGGAUGGUUUCUUCAAAUCUAUAAAUCUCUCUCACGGGAACUCCCUUCAGGACACUCUGCGUCUCCUGACCCUCUGGUUCGACUACGGCCAGUGGCCAGAGGUGUACGAUGCCAUUGUUGAGGGAAUUCGGCUGAUCGAAAUCAACACUUGGUUACAAGUGAUCCCCCAGCUGAUCGCACGAAUCGAUACUCCCAGGGCCCUCGUCGGCAGGUGUAUCCAUCAUCUCCUAAUAGACAUAGGCAAGUCCCACCCUCAGGCACUCGUCUAUCCUCUAACCGUUGCCUCCAAGAGUGCCAGUGUAGCACGCAAGGCAGCAGCUAACAAAAUCCUGAAGAACAUGUGCGAGCACAGCCCUACCUUGGUGCAACAAGCCAUCAUGGCUAGUGACGAGCUCAUCAGGGUGGCAAUCCUCUGGCACGAGCUGUGGCAUGAAGGCCUCGAGGAAGCCAGCAGACUGUACUUCGGAGAGAGAAAUGUCAAUGGAAUGUUCGAGACACUUGAACCACUCCACGCAAUGCUUGAACGUGGCCCCCAAACUAUGAAGGAAACGUCCUUCAAUCAGGCUUAUGGAAGGGAUUUGAUGGAUGCUCAGGAGUGGUGCCACAGGUACAAGGUGUCUGGCAACGUCAGGGAUCUUAAUCAAGCCUGGGAUCUUUACUACCAUGUCUUCAGGAGAAUCUCCCGUCAAUUGCCGCAAUUAACGAGCCUCGAACUACAGUAUGUCAGUCCUAAGCUGCUUCUCUGCAGGGACCUGGAAUUGGCUGUACCUGGGAGCUACUCUCCAGGUCAACCAAUUGUCAGGAUUCAGAGUAUUCACAGCUCAAUGCAAGUUAUUACAAGCAAACAACGCCCCAGGAAGCUUUGCAUCAGGGGGAGCAAUGGAAAGGAUUACAUGUUCCUGUUGAAAGGACAUGAGGAUCUCAGACAGGACGAGAGAGUUAUGCAGCUGUUUGGGCUGGUUAAUACCCUGUUGUUACAUGAUCCUGACACCUUCAGGAGGAACCUCACCAUUCAGAGGUAUGCGGUGAUACCUUUGUCAACGAAUAGCGGACUUAUAGGUUGGGUACCUCAUUGCGAUACUUUGCACACAUUGAUCAGGGAUUAUCGGGACAAGAAGAAAAUUCUCCUGAAUAUCGAGCACAGGAUCAUGCUGAGGAUGGCCCCGGAUUACGAUCACCUGAUGCUAAUGCAGAAGGUCGAGGUGUUUGAGCAUGCCUUAGAGCACACUCAUGGGGAUGAUCUGUCCAGGCUGCUCUGGCUGAAAUCACCUUCAAGUGAAGUGUGGUUCGACCGUAGGACUAAUUACACUAGGUCUCUGGCAGUGAUGUCCAUGGUUGGAUAUAUUCUAGGACUGGGAGAUCGACAUCCUUCCAAUUUGAUGCUGGAUCGUCUCAGUGGAAAAAUUCUCCAUAUUGAUUUCGGCGAUUGCUUCGAAGUGGCGAUGACGAGGGAGAAAUUCCCAGAGAAAAUUCCUUUCAGACUUACCAGAAUGUUGAUAAAUGCCAUGGAGGUCACUGGGAUUGAGGGAACCUACAGGAGAACCUGCGAAUCAGUGAUGUCAGUGCUGCACAGGAAUAAGGACAGUCUCAUGGCGGUCCUGGAGGCUUUCGUUUACGAUCCACUGCUCAACUGGAGGCUAAUGGAUAAUGCUGCACCCAAGGGGACCAGGUCUGAUGCUCAAAGUAUGAAUACAAGCAGCAUUCAGGAGCAUGGGGAUAUCUUGGAGUCGUUGACGUCGACACUGCCGAAGAAGGGAGUGGUACUUUGCAGUAUGGAGAAUGGAGGGGACAACAAUCAACCAGAGGCACUCAAUAAAAAAGCCUUGGCCAUCAUCACGAGGGUUAGGGACAAAUUGACUGGUCGAGAUUUUCUUCAUGAGGAAACACUCAGUGUCCAACGUCAGGUCCAAUUGCUGAUACAACAAGCCACGAAUAACGAGAAUUUGUGUCAGUGCUACAUUGGAUGGUGUCCAUUCUGGUAAUUCAAUGGAGGCUUCCAACAUUAAGGAGUUGAGGAAUUGGGCUCAACGACGCAUUUCCACGUAUUACAUUGCUUCAUUCAAAUUAUUUUCAAUUGUCACUCCACGAAUGCUGUAUAUAGUACAUUGUUAAUACGCGAUUUUGUAUAUAGUUACAGUUGUAUUUUUAUUAAGCUUUAGAUUUUGGAUAUUUGUGUAAUUUGGGUAUUAUUGCGUAAUGAGGGCUGGAGUCGAUAAAUUAGUGAAGUGGAAAACUGAUACAACAUGUACUGAAUCGUUAUUGAAUUUUCUUUUUUUUUUUAUUGUUAUUUUGAUUCAAGCGAAUGAUGAAAUAUUGAUCAAUCAUGGGUGAUGGAGAACUAAUUUUUCACGAUCUCUUUGAGUACAAAAAUACCUAUGUAAUAUUUUUAAUUGACAAUUCAAUCUUCAUCUUCCAUUAUUUAAUUAAAUAGAAGACAUGCGACCAAUCGAUGGUUAUAUCUUCUUGCAUGAAUGUAAUCGAAAAAAAAACUAUCAAUUCACCACUUCAUUAAUGAACUUUCUAAGAACCUGAAAGACAAGCCGGUGAUAUGAUUUUGGCAUCAGAAAAUUGAAUAAAUCCAAAUAUCAGAUGAA